UCAAAAGCUCACAAAAUCAACUGAAAAAACUUCAUAGAAAUUCAUAAAUCCAUCAAUCCAUCUUCAAGCAGAGAUCGAAAGAGAAGAAUCAAGGUCGAGGGAUGGAAUUACAGAGCGGAUUCCCUCUACUACGACAGCAAUUCAAGGCGUUAUACUGGAAGAACGUACUCCUUUCAUGGCGGCAUAAGAGAUCUACUUUCACUCAGCUAUUCUCAUCACUCUUCUUCAUAUUCCUCAUAUUCUGUAUCCAGAAAGCAAUUCAAGCUAGAUACGCAACAACUACUUCAUACAAGAACGUUUUCGAUGAUUCAAAACCGCUCAUCUCUCCUCCAAUCAUCGCCUGCGAGGAUAAGUUCUAUACGAAGGUUCCUUGCUUUGAUUUCGUUUGGAGCGGUAAUGAUAGCUCUAGAAUCGUUGAGGUUGUUCGUCGAAUUAAGGCUAAUAAUCCUGGAAGACCUAUUCCUGAUGAUAAGGUGAUAUCAUUCAGAACACGAUCCGAAGUGGAUACAUGGCUUUUGGAUAAUACAAUGCGUUGUCCCGGUGCACUCCAUUUCAUAGAUAGAAAUGCUACUGUUAUUAGCUAUGGAUUACAGACUAAUUCAACCCCAUCGGCAAAGAGAGGACAUUUUGAAGAUCCCACAUUAAAAUUCCAAAUCCCUCUUCAAAUUGCUGCUGAGCGUGAAAUUGCUAGGACCCUGUUGGGAGAUCCAAAUUUUAGCUGGGUUGUUCAAUUGAAGGAGUUUGCACACCCGGCUUUGCAAAUUCUUUCUGCAGUGGGUACAGUUGGCCCAACCUUUUUCCUUGUGAUUGCAAUGUUUGGUUUUGUUUUCCAAAUGAGUUCUUUGGUAACUGAAAAAGAGCUGAAGCUUCGCCAGGCAAUGACAAUAAUGGGUCUCUAUGACACUGCAUAUUGGUUAUCAUGGCUUUCUUGGGAAGGCAUGAUCACUGCCCUCUCUGCACUUUUUAGUGUUCUCUUUGGGAUGAUGUUCCAGUUUGACUUCUUCUUGAACAAUAAUUUUGCUGUUCUGUUCUUGCUGUUCUUCCUCUUCCAAUUGAAUAUGACUGGUUUUGCUUUCAUGCUAUCAGCCUUCAUAAGCAAGUCAUCUUCAGCUACAACUGUUGGUUUCUCCUUAUUCAUAUUUGGAUUUUUGGCACAGCUUGUUACGCAAUUUGGUUUUCCAUAUAGCAGUAAUUUCUCAGACACAUAUCGUUUUAUUUGGUCAUUCUUCCCACCAAACCUGUUGGCAGAGGGCCUGUUAUUGCUUUCAGAUGCAACUUCAACACCAGAGGAUGCUGGUAUCAGCUGGAGUAGAAGAGCUAAGUGUGCACCUAAUGAUCAAGAGUGUGUUAUGACAAUGAAUGACAUAUUUAUAUGGCUUGUUGCAACAUUCUUCCUGUGGUUUGUUUUGGCAAUCUACUUUGACAACAUUAUCCCAAACAGUUCUGGUGUAAGAAAAUCUGUUUUCUACUUCUUGUAUCCUGGUUAUUGGACUGGAAAAGGUGGCAGCAGAGUGCAAGAGGGUGGUGUUUGUAGCUGUAGAGGUUCAAUUCCCCCAUUUGAAGCAACACAACCAGAUGAUGGAGAUGUGCUAGAAGAAGAAAUUACUGUCAAGAAACAAGUUAGAGAAGGCGUAGACCCAAGCAUUGCUGUGCAAAUACGUGGUUUUGUGAAAGUAUAUCCUGGUACAACCAAGAUAGGUUGCUGUAGAUGCAAUAGAACAUCAAACUAUCAUGCUCUUAAGGGAUUAUGGGUAAACUUUACAAAGGAUCAGCUGUUCUGUCUUCUUGGACCUAAUGGAGCUGGAAAAACUACAGCAAUUAAUUGUUUAACCGGUAUAACACCUGUGACGGAAGGAGAUGCACUAAUCUACGGUCAUUCAGUGAGGAGUGCAGCAGGCAUGUCAACCAUUAGAAGAACAAUAGGAGUUUGCCCCCAAUUUGAUAUUCUAUGGGACGUAUUGAGUGGUGAAGAGCACCUCCAUCUUUUUGCUGCUGUUAAAGGGCUUCCACCAUCAUCAAUCAAUGAUAUUACGAAGAAGUCAUUAGCAGAGGUGAAACUCGCUGAAUCAUCCAAAACAAGAGCUGGCAGUUACAGUGGAGGAAUGAAACGUCGCCUCAGUGUGGCGAUAGCCCUAAUUGGUGAUCCAAAGCUGGUCAUCUUGGAUGAACCGACAACUGGUAUGGAUCCAAUCACCAGAAGACAUGUUUGGGACAUAAUUGAAUCUUCAAAAAAAGGACGCGCCAUUAUAUUAACUACUCAUUCAAUGGAAGAAGCUGACAUUCUAGGCGAUCGUAUAGGAAUUGUGGCUAAAGGUAGAUUGCGCUGCAUUGGAACAUCAAUCAGGUUAAAGUCCAAAUUUGGAACUGGUUUUGUUGCCAAUGUAAGCUUCUCUAGAGGUGUUGGUGGAACUCCUGUUAGAGGGGAAGAUGUUGCAACUAUGGAACAUCAAUUGAAUGUGAAAAAAUUCUUCAAACAACAUUUGAAUGUCACUCCUAAAGAGGAAAACAAGUCAUUCUUGACCUUUGUCAUUCCUCACGAUAAGGAGGAUCAAUUGUCGAACUUCUUCGAGGAACUCCAAGAUAGACAGCAAGAAUUUGGCAUAGGCGAUAUCCAACUCGGUCUUACAACUCUUGAGGAAGUUUUCUUGAAUAUUGCAAAGAAAGCCGAGGUAGAAAGUGCUGCAGCUGAGGGAACUAUGGCUACUCUCACUUUAACAUCGGGAAGUUUAGUGCAGAUACCAGUGGGAGCUAGAUUCAUAGGGAUACCAGGAACAGAAAGUCCAGAAAACCCUAGAGGAGUUAUGGUUGAAGUAUUUUGGGAGCAGGAUGAUUCGGGUACUCUAUGUAUAUCGAGUCAUUCACCAGAAACUCCGAUACCAUCUCAUGUUCAACUUACUAUCCCAAGAUCAAAUUCUCAAAGAUUUUCAUUAGGAAGUGGAGCACCUGUUCGAGGCUUCCUUAUUGAUCCUUCUCAAAUUACGAAUUCCUCAUGAAUACAGAAGACGACCAGUUUUAACAUUAAAAUGAUGAGGCUAUGAAGAUUGAAACUUGAUUUUGUAAUAUUAUCAUUCUCAUGUACUUUUGUUAUUCAGGUUAGUAUUUUAUGUUCAUACAUUGCAACUGUUUUUAAAACAUUUAUUUAUUUUGUCACA